AAAGAUAUACCAAGCUUCCUCCCAAUUCGUCCCUUUUCGUUAAUAAUUUGUAAUAAGAGAAAGACCACGGUUAGGUCGUUAUCCAAUCAGAGACGAAUGUGCCGGGAAAAAAGACUAGCAGCGCCCCCAAUGUAAGUACGUUUCACCAAUGACAUACACAGAAAUCCCUCCUCGAUAGAAAAUAAAAAGAGAGAGAAAUAGUGAAAGAGUGAGUGAGAGAAGGAAAAGGAAAAACAAAAAGAAGGAAGCAGGAAGGUAGAUACUAAGGAUGACUAACGAGUGAGCCAUAGAUGGCGCGAGAGAGAGGGAAUAAAAGAAAGCUGUUGAGUCCGUGAGAAAGAAAGAAAGAAAAAGGUGGCGGGAGAGAAAGAGAUGGAGAAAAAGACCGCGUCAGCGAGGUAAAACGUCAUCGAAGUCACUCCGACGUCACCGUAUCGCCGCGCGUUGUCGUUGUCGCAGGAGACGCCUCACAAUAGGCAACUCGUACGACAGUCUCGUGCGAAGUGUCACGGAAACGAACAACACGAUUCUUCUUCCUAUCCGUUUCUAUAAUUUUCUCUCUUUCUCUCUCUCUCUUUCUCUUUCAUACUCUGCUUUUUCUCUCAGCGCACGAUCGCGAAAAAAUUGUACAAUAGGAAGUGGAAACGCACGAGGACUUUCAGGUGGCCUUUGGGAGAAGCGCAUCGAUCCGCGACUGACUGCACUAACUGCAGCAACACGGACGAUACAAUGUGAGCGGAUAAAUGCUCCCGUCGAUAAUUGCGGCCGAUAGUUGAGAGUCGAAAAAGAACUCGCGAGUGUACUCGUUUGAUUGUGUCGUCGUCGUUGUUAUUGAAAAAGUAGCAGUACUUUCUAAAUGGGUCAAGUCGAGCCGGCGACACGAUAUGCAAGAAACAUUGCCACCACGAAUCACUGCCUGGCCUAGUUUCUUCUUCCUCCUCCAGCAUCAUCGACACACAACCACUACCACACCGACUACUACUACUACUACUACCACCACUUUCAACCUCAACUCUACCACCUCCUUCACCUCGUUCUCGAGGGCAAACGAAUAAAAGGUGUGAGGGAUAACGGUGGUAUUUCACGCGACUAGUGAACGUUGCCAGUGACUCCAUUUACAAAGUAGUCUCGUCUCUUGACUAUUUUCCUCGUUGUCAUUGUCAUCAUCGUCGUUAUCGCGUAGCCAUGGAUGACCGUUCUCCGCGAUUCGUGCCUUUCGGCUAACGGGAGUGCAUCAAUCACUACUACUACUACUAUUCGUUAACGAAUAAAGCCGAGGUUAUCAUUACCUAGAAGGUCGUAAAGUUUCGUUAAUUCGUCAAAAAUGGCUACAAACAAACCACCGGAGAUGAAUUACACGUGCGAGAUUUGUGGAUUGGAGGGUCUCAAUGACGAAGAAAUGAGAUUGCACAUGGUUUCAUAUCAUGUAAAAGGAGCUGUCAAUUGUCCUUUCUGCGAUCUCGACGAUAUGUCGAAUGCGGAAAUGCUAAUUCACAUAAAUAUCGCACACUUGGAAUAUUUAACACCAAGUACUCCAGAAAACGAUAUGCUGGCAUUUAUUGAUGAUGACUCCACCAUGGAAGAUCAUAGACAUGACGAAUGCCGUGGCCCUUCUCCAUCAAUGUCUCUUAGGCCACCACAUCUACAAAAUGGAUGGACUGCUUCUCACAGUUCUCGUAUGCACCAACAACAACAAUUACAGCAACAACAGAAUUCUAAAACCCGUAAAGUGGAUGUACUAACUGCUAGUUCCAAUGUAAACAAUAACAAUAAUAACAACGAUAACAGCAAUGCUAAUAGCGUAUUGGAAGGUUCAGCUGGUCAUGGAUCUCCAUUACGCUCAGGCCUAAAUCUUCAAUUACGCUCACAUGCUUCUUCAAAAUUAGCUGUUCAAGAAUGUCCAAUGUGUCAAUAUACUUCAGAUAGUCCGUUAAGAUUGGAAGAGCAUAUCAAUCGACAACAUUUCGAUCUCACUUCUCCAUCUUUUCCACCUUCAUCACCUCCAACUAAAGAUGGAGUUUUCAACUGCCCCUUUUGUGUAAUUUCGUUUCCUGAUUCCUCUGAUCUUGUGCUGCAUGUUAAUAUCGAACACAAAGAUAUACUCAGCCCUGCAAAUGGAUCAGCCUUACAAUCUGAUCUGGCUACUGUUGGUAGUGAUACACCUUCCUGUCCAGUUUGUUCAAGUACAUCAUUUAAAAAUAAUGAUGACCUAACGUUACACGUAGAAGAACAUUUUAACAAAAAAAGUACUCCAUCUCCCAUAACACCAGACCAUUCGACAGAUAGAAUGUUGGCAAAGGAUAUGGAGAGGCGAGAAAAAGAAGUUAGAAAAUUACGUGAGCAACGGGAAUUUGAAAUGUUAAGGGCACAAUAUGGAAUGGACAAUCAGGGUAAUUUCAGAGAACAAAGUGUGACUAAUAUGCAACGAGCCGUCCUUGCAGGCGAAAUGACGGUAGCAGAUUUUUAUGAAAGACAAACAGGAUUAACAGUUGCUGAAAGCAGUGGUAUCGAUGAUGGCAGUUCUUGUACACGUGGGCUGGUUCCUAAAAUACGAGCUGUUAGUCAAACAUGUAGUAACGUAGUAAAUACAUGGAUGUGUUCUACAGUGGAUCAUUAUGCUUGUACUUAUGGAGAUAAAGGCUGGGGCUGCGGCUACAGGAAUAUGCAAAUGUUGAUUUCAUCUCUUUUGCAGCAUACUGGAUACAAUGAGUUAGUGUAUAAAGCUUGGAGUUCUGGCCUUGAUAGUGGGAGUUCCACCGACAAUCCUUUGCGUAGUUCUAUGCCUUCCAUAUCUAGGCUCCAAAAAAUGAUAGAAUGGGCUUGGGCUCAAGGUUUUGAUAUUCAAGGUGCUGAGCAGCUUGGUGGUAAACUUACGAACACUAGGAAAUGGAUUGGUCUUACAGAAGUCUCAACUUUGUUAUCCAGUCUAAGAAUAAAAUGUCAGCUAGUAGACUUCCAUAGACCCACUAGUGCCGAUGGAGGACAUCCUGAAAUGUUUAAUUGGGUGUUACAAUAUUUCCAGAGAUGUGACGACUUUAAACCUCCACUUUAUCUGCAACAUCAAGGUCAUAGCAGAACAAUAAUUGGUGUAGAACGAUUAAGAGAUGGUUCCAUAACAAUGUUAGUAUUAGAUCCAAGUCACAGCCCAUCUCAAAUGGCACAAUUUAAUAGUACGAGUAGUGCUCCUGGAGCAAUGCGACUUGUGCGUAAAUCAACUGCUGCGAUGAAAGCUAAACAGUAUCAAAUUGCUACUGUUACUAGUAUUAUGGAUACAGAAGAAUCUUAUCAACAAAGUAAAGUAUUAUAUUGGAUGCGUGUUCCACAAGACAGCUGAGAAUUGCUGGUCCAAAUAAAAGCACAACAGUGCUCAAAGAUAAUAGACUGCCUCAAACCGUUCUUGUCCAGCAUCCUUGAAAUUACGUGACCGUAAUGCUUUAGGUUUAUCACUAGCAUACUUGCCUCCAUUAUAGUAGCAGCAAAAUGAUUAUGUAAUUAUAUAUUGUUGCAUUUCUAGCAUGAAUAACGAACUGGCUCCUUGACACGUUGUGUGUUUUAUGCGUGCGUCGCGGUCAACAAUUUCAGAACAAAAAUAUCAAAAUUUUGGUACAAUUCGCUUAUUAAAUUUUUCAAGCACGAACAAAAUUCUAAUUCUUUACGGAAUUACGGUGUUCCUUAUAAAUUAUAUUCUGAUAAAAAAUUAUUACUACUGGAAGCACCACCCAUUUAUUGUCGUGUACAAGUAAAAAAUGAUAUAAGACAAUUCACUAAUAAAACUAUCAACAGAUAGUUAUAAAUUCCAUUGCCAUUCCUUAUUCAAUAUGUCUACUCAAUUGUCGUCGUACUUAAACAGGCUGUGUUAACUUCGAUCCGGCCAAUCCUCCUAUGGCGAACGAUAAUACCAAUUGAAAAAGCGUCCUGGCAGAGCUUGGAAAAAAAUACUUUUUCGUAGCUGUGAUGCGGUUAUUUAAUGCUGAUCGUUCGUCUAUCAUAAACAUUUUUAGAGAUGCUCCAAUAUCGAUGUCAAUGCAUUAUUGUCUUGUUAUUUGUCUCUCUUUGUGUAUGAUAUACAUUUUCAUGAAAAUGCUGUCAAUUUUCAUUCGAUAUCGAAUGCCAGUAGGUAUAUUCAUGUAUGUGUAUGCAUAUUAUACAUAUAUAUAUAUAU